AUGGUCGCCCAGAUACACCAUCCUCCAUAUUCGCUUCACCCCAGUGUAAAGGACAGCCUCCACAAGGAAUACGUUGACUUCUACAACAAGUACCUCAUAAACAACCCUCCCGUCCAUCAUUUGCCUCUCGCGGUGGGCAGGGGUGGAGGCCAGUAUAUUGUUUGCCACAGUAAGCCCCUCUGCGUUGGCAAUACCCAGGACAUCUCAAUUCAACGACGCAAGACCUUUGGGCCCGAUAUCUGGAUUCGCUGUUUCACCCCACCGGGAACCCCGCCCAGAUUAGGCUGGCCGCUCGUGAUCUACCAUCAUGGCGGAGGUUGGGUGUUUGGAGAUAUUACUUCAGAAAAUACCAUCUGCACAAAUAUGUGUAUCCGGGCAAAUGCCGUUGUAAUCACAACUGACUACAGACUUGCCCCGGAAAAUGUCUGGCCCGCUGCGAUCCACGAUUCAUGGGAGUCCUUCCUGUGGGCAACUUCGGAAGGAGCCGAGAUUCUCAACCUGGAUCUCGGUAAAGUCGCAAUCAGUGGUGCAUCAGCAGGAUCGAACAUCGCUGCCGUGAUAGUGCAGAAAGCCUCGCUGAACCCUCAACCGGGCUUGACGAUCCGUUCACAGGUCCUCGUGGUACCAAUUACAGAUAACACUGCGACACCUUUGACAAAUCCAACCUGGAAAGAAUUCGAGUUUACAGCAGGCCUACCCGCGAACAAGAUGUUGUGGUACCGACACCACUAUCUGCCCAGACAAGUGGAUUGGUCGCAUAGGGAGGCUUCUCCCCUUCUCGCGUCGGACGAAGUGUUUGCGUCCCUUCCGCCGGCCGUCAUCAUCGUGGCCGAGUUGGACGUGCUGAGAAGCGACGGGGAGAACUAUGCAAGGAAACUAAAAGACAAUGGCGUUAGGGCGGAUCUUUUUGUCAUGCAAGGCAUGCCCCAUCCGUUCAUUGGCAUGGAUGGGGUUCUUGAGGCAGGCAGAAGAGGGAUCACCAUCAUGUGCGAAGCGCUGGUGGAAGCAUUUGCAUGA